AGUUCAGUUUUUAUUCGUUUUGUCUUUUAAAUUGUUUGUGCUGUUCAGCUGUGCUCCUGACUAUGUGCAGAGGCUUUUGACAGUCCUGAGUCAGUCCCUGCGGUCCUGUGUCCCGGCAGCUCUCUGGCGUGCGUCCUGAUCCCGGGAGCGAGCGGAGCAGCGUGACGUUGAUGCGUUCUCUCAGAGGCCCCGCCCCCUGGAUAGGCCCCGCCCCCCCGGCCCGGCUCUGAGCCCGUAGCGCCGGGGGCGAUGAGCGCCGGUCCGGACCUGGACGCGGAGCGGGACUCCGAGCACAACGCCGAGUUGGCCGACAUGGUGUCGGCGAUCGCCGUGUCGGCCGACGGGGGGGCCGCGCUCAAAGGGCCGAAGAACGGCGCGCGGCAGCGACCGCGGCUCUCCCAGCGCACGCUGUCCCUGCAGGAGCGCGAGGCCUUCCAGGGCCCCGCCCGGCUGGCCCGCAGGCCCACCAUCGAGUCCAAGCGCGUGUCCGUCUCCGAUGCCCCGGACUGUGUCCAGCUGAACCAGUACAAGCUGAAGAGUGAAAUUGGAAAGGGUUCCUAUGGGGUGGUGAAGCUGGCCUAUAAUGAAGAGGAUGACAAGUAUUAUGCAAUGAAAGUUGUUUCCAAGAAGAAGUUGGUGAAACAGUAUGGAUUUCCACGCAGGCCGCCACCUCGUGGAGCCCAAACUGAUCAGGGGGACCAGGCCAAAGUUCUGGGUCCUUUGGACAGGGUCUACCAAGAGAUCGCCAUCUUAAAGAAACUGGACCACCUCAACAUUGUCAAGCUUGUGGAGGUUCUGGAUGACCCUGCAGAUGAUAACCUUCACAUGGCAUUUGAAUUGAUGCAGAAAGGCCCGGUGAUGGAGGUUCCUUCUGAAAGCCCUUUUGUAGAGGAACAGACCCGCUUCUACUUCAGAGACAUUGUCCUGGGCAUUGAGUACUUGCACUAUCAGAAGAUCAUCCACCGUGACAUCAAGCCCUCCAACCUGCUGCUGGGAGACGACGGGCACGUGAAGAUCGCCGACUUCGGGGUGAGCAACGUGUUCGAGGGCAGCGACGCCUUCCUGUCCGGAACGGCCGGGACGCCCGCCUUCAUGGCCCCCGAAACUCUGACCGACGACUACAAGAUCUUCAGCGGGAAGGCCCUGGAUGUGUGGGCGAUGGGCGUCACGCUGUACUGUUUUGUGUUUGGAAAGUGCCCUUUUAUUGAUGAGUACAUCCUGGCUCUGCACAAUAAGAUCAGGAGUCAGCCUGUGGAGUUUCCUGAGACUCCAGCCCUCAGUGAAGAUCUGAAAGCGCUGAUCCUGAGAAUGCUGGAGAAGGACCCGGCACUGAGGAUCACCAUUCCUGAGAUCAAGGUCCAUCCGUGGGUGACGCAGGACGGCUCCGACCCCCUGCCCCUGGAGGAGGAGCACUGCACCGUUGUGGAGGUGACGGAGGAGGAGGUGCUGAACUCCGUCAAGCUGGUUCCCAGCCUGUCCGCCGUGAUCUUGGUGAAGUCCAUGCUGAGGAAGCGGUCCUUUGGCAACCCCUUUGAGUGUUUUGGAAAGACUGAGAGGUCCAUGUCCGCCCCAGGAAAUCUUCUUAUGGACUUGCGGCACUUCCGCUCCUCACUAAGGAAAGGCAGCAGUGGAGAUGGGAGCAGAGAGGGAGAGCUGGAGGACCUGCAGGAAGAUGAGGCUUUCCAGUCCUGAGUGUGGCAGGAAGACCCCCACCCACUUCCCAUCCUCCCCUCCCCAUAGGGUACACCUCCAGAGAAACACAGUUACAUACAGUUUGUGCUUUCCAAACAGGCUGCUUUAAUAAUGCAUUCACCCAGGUCUGGAAAUGGCUUGGGUUUGAUGCUACUAAACUCCAAACUGUUCAUAAUGCAAAACAGGCAGCCGAUUCUUGUGAGCUAUGCAGCCUGAAUAUGGAAAUGUCUGAAUUGUCUUUUGAUGUGUACAGUACUGUACAUUCCCAGAGGUACAGUACAUUUUGGGCUUGGGGGGAAGGGAGUGUGUCUGUGCUCCACACACAGAUAUCUGAAUUUAAAACCUAAAAUGGGCAUUUGAUAUGCAAAGCACAAGUAAAUUGGGAAACUGCUUGGCACCUGAUUGCUCCUUCUCUCUGUAUCUGAAAGGCAUUUCCUCUGUGAUAAAAGAUGGGUUUAUUUAGUUGGAAUGCAGUGGUCCCAGAAAUGCAGGGCUCUAUCACUCCUUCUGUAGGAGUGGUCUUUGAGCAGAUCGAGCUGAGACUUAAUUGUCAAUGGUUGCGUAUUGUGCCAAAAAAUGCUUACAAAAGAAAAGUCAUAUAUACUCCAUCUUUAUAAUGUCAGAAGGCAGAAUAAUUGUUUGAAUUUUAUUUCUGGAAUACAAGUAACUUUGCUGACUGCCACCUAGAUUAGGAAAAGGUUUUAAAUACUUACUUUUUUACCUUGUCCGACCAGUCGACAAAGGGAUAAAGUUCCUGAGGUCUGACAUUUGGUUUAACAUUUAUAAUUAGGAAGUAUUUCACUGUAUUUGCACUGGAAAUCAAUGCUAGAAUUAUUUGUAAUGCAAGGCAGGAAUUGAAGAAAACAAUUGACAGGCCAUUCAUGUGAAUACAUACACACAUGAAUGGACACAUAGUGAUGCAUUUUUUAUGCCAUGCAGUUUUUUUUAACUUCUUUAUUUAUUGAAAAGUACAGUUUAUUAAUUACUUUAUUUACUUUAUUUAAUUACUUCACUCAUCCUUACAUUAGUAUUCGUGCUCUUUAAGACUAUUACAGCUAUUAAAGUGUUUUUUAUCCUUUAUAGUACAUGUAAAAAUUUGAAACUAUGAGUCAUAUUUAUAACCCCAUCAUCGCUGGAUCACGCUCUCACGGUCCAGGAGAACGCAGACGAAACAGACGCGUUCUCUGAAACGCGCACAGAAAGGCUGCAGCAGCAAGAAGAACAUGCAGAGUUCAGGAAGUUUGUGCUUCAGUUCUGACCUCUGAUUGGCUAGUAAGAGAGACCUGGCCUCAGCGCAGGUGACUGGGCUGAACUCAGCCUGUGGUUCCUGUGCAGACUGAAGGCAGUCCAUCCAGCCUGGGCAGGUGCUGAGGCCCAGUGAGACAUGGGAAAAGCCCGCUGCGAAGCACUGUGGGUAAUUACAUCCUGCUCCAUGUCAUUCCUGGCUGCAGCCAGCAUCAACACGGACGGGGGUUCAACUGGGCACUGUGGGCCACGCCACUUCUUCAAGGCCUAGUGUACAGUUAGAACAAAAAGAAGUACAGUUCCAACAAAAAUAAUUACAGUUAGAAGAAAAAUAAUGCAAUUCGAACAAAAAGAAGUACAGUUCGAACAAAAAGAAGUACAGUUAGAACAAAAAGAAGUACAGUUAGAACAAAAAGAAGUACAGUUCGAACAAAAAGAAGUACAGUUAGAACAAAGAACAGAAGGAUCUGCAGCCGACCGGCCAUCUUUAACUGAUUUGUCAGUCUGAGGAAAGGGAGGAUGUCACAGGAAGUGACAUCACACUCCUGUUAAUUAUGUGGAGUUCAGCGUGUGCAUAAUCUGUCCUUUGUGGUGCAAUUUAGUUCAAGGAAUUCUAGACUGAACAUUUCAGGUGGAUUUAGGCAUGUUCAAACAUUUUUUAGUUCCAUAAUCUCAUCAGAUUACCUCUGAAUUUUGAUGUUAAAACAAUGUUAUAUCUAGGUCUAUCAUAACACAGGAUAUUUGAGCAAAAAUGGAAAUAAUAAGGCAAUUAUGUUCAUGCACUGCAAUAUUACUGUAGACAGGGGGUGAUACAAACCACCCCAGAGACAUUGGAAAUAAUGGUUUGCUUAAAUUGCCAUUUUUUGUUUUGAAGCACAAUAUUGAAUACAAAUUUGGAACAUGACUAUUUUUCAGUAAAUAGUUGUAAUAUUUGUAUUUUCAAAAACAAUGUAUUGUUCUUACAAUUAAAACAUAAAAGCUAUUGCAGUGUAUGAUUCAAGCUGAUGAGGAUUAGAACCAUAUGCAAAUAGUGUCAAUAGUGUGAUAAACCGUAGAGUAUGCUGACAGUGUGUAACUCUGUUAUGCAGUAUGUGUACCUCAUCCAGGAUGAGUUACAUAUUUCUAUGCAUGGCUGGUCACUGUACUGCUUCACAAAGAGGUCAGUGCGAGGUGGGAAAACACACUCUGCUUUUCCCAACACAAAAACACGGCAGACGGUGUUUUCUUCAUUUCCGCGUCUCAUCUUCACAAGCAUCUGGCCAUUGUGUCUUGUGAAGUGACACCCAUCAAAAAAUAAUGAAAUCCCUGCGUCCCCCCCUUUCCAGGCCCUUUCUCCAGUCCCUCAUCAGUAUGCAGAAGUGCCUCUGUCACAAUGCUAAUGGUAAACACAGUACGCAGCGUGCAUUGUGUGUUUGCGCGUGUGUGUACACCAUCUCGAUCAGAGGAGAUGCAAUGCAAUAUUUCUCUGUUCCAAAGUAACUGCGCACUGUGGAACUGCUUUCUUUCAGAAGUGUGUUAUACUGUAUGAGCGGGUAAGCGGGAGAGGACACGAUCGCCUGGAAGUGAUGCCCUGUGUGUCUCUUUUAUUUAGCUGGAGUGAGCUGUGAGUUGUAUUUGAUGGUUUGCUUAUUUCCAUGAUGGGUGCAUUUGACAUUGACAUCUUUGCCUGUGUUCAAGCCACUGCUGGAACUUGCUAUGAGUCAAGAUUCUGAAAUUGGUAAUGAAAAGGAGAAUGAAGUUAUUUGAUACUACCCUGUUAUACCACAUACUGUAGUGUCAGGACAGUAUGUGUCAUCAGGACUUAACGUGAGGGAGGAAGCACUACUGUGUGCAUCAGAAGUUCAAUCUAUCCAUCUUUGUGUUUUUCUCUUCUAUUCAUUAAUGUGACUGUUUCUUUCCUAGUCCUACCUGUGUUCUCACCGUAGUGUACAGUAUACUCUAUGUAAUCUGGGCAUGCUGUUAUGUAUGGGGAUAUUGUUUAUACUCAGUAGUUUUUAGUUGUAUGUGUAUUUGUGGAUAUCCCAGCCAGGUUCCCUUGGUGUGUAAAGGGAUUUGGUUUUCUUCAUGCAUAAUGUAUACACACUCAUAAGAGGCAGCCUCUGAAUACAAUGUGGAAGAAUGCUGAUAGGAUGCUUAUCGCUAAUCGUACCUUUAACCAAAUGGAGAAAAUGUUCAACUGAAAUAUGGACCCUCCUAAACAAGACAUUGAAGAAGGAGUAUAGAUAUAGAAUCAGAUGACAAAUGCAUACACAAUCAUUUUUGGAUUGCUGUUAUCAAUCAUGCAUAUAUUUAAAAGUCCAACUUGUGAAUGUUAAAGGUCCCUUUUGUUGAAUGUUUUGAAUGGAUUAAAAAAAAAUGUUAUUCAGUUGUAAAGCAGUACCUUCAAUAUUCUCAUAACUUCACUUAGCAUGAUGCAUCUGUUCAAUGUCACAAUGUACAUAAGUACUAACACAUAUACUAUUUUUGCAUGUUUUUAUACUGUACAUACUCGAGGGCAAUAAAA